UUGACCUCUCAAAAUCGACGCACCCUUCCCGUUUGGCGUGGAAGUACGUUGUAAAAAAACCGCGUAGAAAAAAAGAAAAGAAAAAAGAAAGAGAGAGAAAAAAUCAAAACCAAAACCAAAAGCCCAAAGAAACAAGGACUCGUGCACCGUCCAAAUUUUCUGUUGAAGAAGAUCCACAGUUUCCAUGGAUCUCCUUCUCCUCUUAGGGUUUGAUUCUCUCUUGCCUGACGACCUAUUUGUCCCUCCUCUCCAUCAACACCGUUAAAUUUUUUUUCUUUCAAAGAAAAAUUCAUAUUCAUAUAUUAUGUAGGUGUGUUGGUAUCAGGUAUGAUUGCGAGCUACAAUGCGUUGGUUGCCAAGCAUUUCAUUCUCACCGGCUUCAUCAUCCUCGAUCUCGACGUCUCCGCUCAAAUCUCCGAGCGAUGGUGAAUCUCCAAAUGAUAGUAAUAUUAAUAAUAAUAAUAAUAGUAGUAGUAGUAGCGUUAGCAGCAGCAAAAGGAGCGAAGAGGUAGGUUCCGGUACGUGGCGUUUCGGGCCGAUAAAGAGGCUGACGCGGCAGAGGAAGCUCAGGCAUUUGAGCGACAACGACGUCGUCGGAGUCUCCGCCGGCUCCAUCACGCUGGAGCCGCUUUCGCUGACGAGAUCGCCCAGCAUGGCUUCGCGGUCCACCACCAUGUCGGAGGCUAAGCCUCAGCCUCAGCCUUUGCCUCUGCCGGAGUUAGGGAUUUUUCGCGCCAAGGAAAGGCCUGUUCCUGAUUUCGUCAACGUACCUCUCCCUUCGCCGAAGACCGCUCAGAGCAGAGUCGUUGAGGACCGAGAUAGAGACAGAGACAGAGCCUCUUCCUCUGUUUCUCCCAUUAAAAGUGUGUUUGCUAGCCGAGACACAAAAGGUGGUAUGGAUUAUGGUGAAAAGAGGUCAUAUAGAAGGGAGCUUCCAGAGCAAAAUUGCUCAGAAAGCUCAAGAGAUGACUUCAGGGUCCAUGUUCCUAUGAGGAGUGCUCCAAAUAGUCCUUUUUCAAGUCCUGCACUCAGCCCACAUAGGGCAAGUACCGGUGACUCAUUUCCAUAUUAUUAUUACAUGAUUCCAAAGGGAAAUCAAGUCUGGUCUGCUCCAGAGAUACCAACAACAGCAAUGAUUCCGGGAUUCCCUCCCCCUGCGUUCUUUGAUUACCAUACUUUAAGUUCUGAUACUUCUCCUCUUCACAGUCCUCGGGCAAAAUGUCCCCAACAAUUCCCCAAAAGCCAAAGUAGUUGUCCUGUAAAUGUCCACCCAUUACCUCUUCCUCCAGGAGCAGCCACGCCUUCACCAAGUACUACAACUCCCAAUCCCAUUUCCCCUCCUCCCACUCCCCCUCCCCAACCUAUAGUUAAAUUGGAGUCAGUGCCGAUGAAUAGUCAAUGGAAAAAAGGAAAGCUUAUUGGGCGUGGUACAUUUGGAAGUGUUUAUGUUGCUACUAACAGGGAAACUGGAGCUUUGUGUGCAAUGAAGGAAGUUGAAAUAUUUCCUGAUGACCCAAAAUCUGCAGAGAGUAUAAAGCAGUUACAGCAGGAAAUCAAAGUUCUUAGCCAGCUGAAGCAUCCAAAUAUUGUGCAGUAUUAUGGUAGCGAAAUAGUUGAUGACCGUUUUUUUAUAUAUCUGGAGUAUGUUCAUCCUGGUUCCAUCAAUAAAUAUGUUCGUGAACAUUGUGGAGCCAUAACAGAGUCCGUUGUUCGCAAUUUUACUCGCCAUAUUCUCUUUGGGUUGGCUUACUUGCAUAGCACAAAGACAAUUCACAGGGACAUCAAAGGAGCGAAUUUGCUUGUUGAUUCAUCUGGAGUCGUCAAGCUUGCUGAUUUUGGGAUGGCUAAACAUCUUACUGGACAAGCAGCUGAUCUUUCUUUAAAGGGAAGUCCAUACUGGAUGGCUCCAGAGCUCAUGCAAGCUGUGAUGCAGAGAGAUUCCAACUCUGAUCUGGCUCUUGCUGUAGAUAUUUGGAGUUUGGGCUGUACUAUUAUUGAAAUGCUCACUGGAAAACCUCCAUGGAGCGACUUUGAAGGGGCUGCAGCCAUGUUCAAGGUAAUGAGGGAUACCCCUCCCAUACCUGAAACAUUGUCUUCUGAGGGCAAGGAUUUUUUGCGGUGCUGCUUUCAGCGAAAUCCUGCAGAGAGGUCAUCUGCUGCAAUGUUACUAGAACAUCGCUUCCUGAAGAACUCCCAGCAGCUGGAUGUUCCAUCUUGCAACCCAGCAUUUAACGGGAAGAACUUAACGGAAAAACCACAUAGUCCAAGAGAGCGUUCUGAAAAUAAAUGUGAUCAGCUGCCAAGGUUCCCAAGCACACCUAUUGCAAAAGAAAAGUUGGCCUCUGAGAGUGACACUGGCCAACAAUCUCAUCAUGAAACUUCCGACUUAACAGUGGCCUCCCGUUAUUCUCCUCGCUCUACCCUUGAGGCCCAUUCUAGUUUAUCUCCUCCACACACGGGUUGCAACAGACAUUACCCCAGCCCUUCUGCAAGUAUUCCUAGCAAUGUCAAACAUGGAGCCAAAAAGAGUAGUAAUUUCAGAUAACGUACAGAAAGGGAUGAAGGCUUCUGGCAUUUUUUCAUGAGUUCUGCUGAUAUGCGGCUGUAGAAUUUGUAUUUAUAGACUUCACAGAUGGCAUAGUAGGUGACUUGCAACCAUAGGGUGUUGUGACAGUAGGUUUUUUUGCCUUGUUUUUAUCUUUGACAGCUCUUGAACUUAUAAAAGCUUCUUCCUCCUGGAAGGUUACCCUGCAUGGGAAUUUUAGAAGCAGUUUUUGUAUACCACUCAUUUAGAGAUUCAGAUAUCACGGAAGUUACUUUAACCAUUACCUUCUGAUGGUAAUAUUUUUACCUCCAUGUACAAUUGGAGUCGAACAAAUGAAUCUGUAGAUAUUAGAUGUUGAAAUUAUUGAUUUAUCUAGUCCUCUCAUUUUAACUA